CUGCACCACUACACAGCACAACGGUACUUUUGACAGCUCGUCCGUCCACCGUCAUCGUCGUUCGUUCGUCCAGACUGGACGUCAGUGCGAAGAGAAGAUAACUGCAGACAGAAGACCCCAAAAACAUUCUCCCCGCGCGACGCGCACAACUCCGCUUUUAUCCGCGGCUCUUCGUCCCCCCAGUAGAAGUGCUAUAUCCAGUUCCAGCCAGGCGAGAAAAAAGACGUACACGUAGACAAUCGAGAGUGCAGCAAGCAAGCAGACAGCCAGGUAUCCAUCACGGAACACUGCCGUCAUCGUCGUUUUUACCGAAAGUUCCGAGAAUAGUGUUCGAUUUUGGCAGCUAGCUGCCACUGAGAGGAACUGCCGUAAUCUGGUAACCUGCUUCGGAAUGCGGGUCACCAACAUCCGCCGGGGUCGCAUCGCCCGGAUUGCCGUCACCGUUGUGAUAGUGGUGUUCGUUCUGUACCUGAUCGCGAGCUGGUCCGGAGUGGAUCACCGAACGGUGAAAGAUGCCUACAAUUCCCGGUUCGCGGCCCGGUUGACCGGCGAAGGGAAAGGAGGACAUCGCGUCCAGCAGGACCAUCGGAAUGUGUUCCCGGUGCUGAUUGAAGGUCUCGGCAAUUUCGAACCGAAAGAAGUGGACCGUCGUGAUGGGCCCGGAGAAGGCGGCAAGGCAUACAUUCUCCCAGAGGAUCAACAGAAUCGUGCCUCCGAUGCGGAGAUGGAAUACGGCAUGAACAUCGUAGUUUCCGACACAAUCUCGCUGGAUCGAACCAUCCGGGACACUCGGCUGGAGGAGUGCAAACACUGGGACUAUCCACAUGAUCUGCCCACGACCAGUGUGAUUAUCGUGUUCCACAACGAGGGUUUUUCGGUGCUGAUGCGAACGGUCCACUCGGUGUUGAACCGAUCGCCGAAGCAUGUGCUGCACGAAAUUAUCCUGGUGGACGAUUUUUCGGACAAGGAGGAUUUGAAGGAAAAGCUCGAGAACUAUAUCGAGCGGUUCGAUGGCAAGGUGAGGCUGAUUCGGAACGUCGAACGGGAAGGUUUGAUUCGGACCCGGUCCCGAGGGGCCAAGGAGGCGACCGGGGAGGUCAUUGUGUAUUUGGAUGCCCAUUGUGAGGUGAACACGAACUGGCUGCCGCCACUGUUGGCUCCUAUUUAUCGGGAUAGGACAGUGAUGACCGUUCCGGUGAUUGAUGGAAUCGAUCAUAAGACGUUCGAGUAUCGACCGGUGUACGCGGAUGGACAUCAUUACAGAGGCAUCUUCGAGUGGGGCAUGCUGUACAAAGAGAACGAAGUGCCCCGUCGGGAGCAGAAACGCCGAAAGCACGACAGCGAACCGUACAAGAGUCCGACUCACGCCGGUGGACUGUUCGCCAUCAAUCGAGAGUUCUUCCUGGAGAUCGGGGCGUACGAUCCGGGUCUGCUAGUUUGGGGUGGCGAGAACUUCGAGCUGAGUUUCAAGAUCUGGCAGUGCGGCGGCAGUAUCGAGUGGGUCCCAUGUUCCCGGGUGGGACAUGUGUACCGCGGGUUCAUGCCCUAUAACUUUGGCAAGUUGGCUAACAAGAAGAAGGGACCGCUGAUUACGAUCAACUACAAGCGGGUGAUCGAGACGUGGUUCGAUGAGCAGUACAAGGAGUACUUCUACACCCGGGAACCGUUGGCGCGGUACCUGGACAUGGGUGAUAUCAGCGAGCAGUUGGCGCUGAAGGAACGCCUGCAGUGCAAGAGCUUCCAAUGGUAUAUGGACAACGUGGCGUAUGAUGUGCUGGACAAGUACCCGGCACUUCCGGCCAAUCUGUACUGGGGCGAGUUGAAGAACUCCGGAACGGAGAAGUGCGUCGAUGCGUUGGGUCGUCAACCGCCGGCCAUGAUCGGACUGCAGCACUGCCACGGCCAGGGUCACAAUCAGUUGAUCCGGCUGAAUGCUGCCGGGCAGCUGGGCGUUGGGGAGCGGUGCAUCGAAGCCGACAACAUGGGCAUCAAGCUAGCCUUCUGCCGGAUGGGCACGGUCGAUGGGCCGUGGCAGUAUGACGAAAGCACUUCCACCCUGCUGCAUCGGACGUACAAGAUGUGCAUGGGAUAUCUUCCCCAGACGCGAACCCUCGGCCUGAUGCCAUGCGACGUACACAAUGCAUAUCAGUCGUGGAAGUUUCACACCAUCACGCCGCGGUGGUAGUUGAGGAGAGGUGAUGACGUCGGAUAGUUCCGUUCGGUUUGAGCUGCUCAAAUGACCCGAACAUCAUCGCACACACUGCGCAGACAUUCCAGAGCGUUUCAGGCAGGGGACAGACUUAUCUUUGCGGGCGAUCUCUCGAGGAGGAGGCGGUAUCACAGUCACAGAGUGUUGGACGAUUCCCGAACCUUAAGAAUCAUACCUUUCCGUUUGUACUUUUCUGUUGAGCUGAUUUUUACCUAUAGAAGUAAUCAGUUUCUUGUUUUAUGUGUUCAUUUUUAAUAAACUAAUGAUCACAUUCAAUGUAUAAACACAGAAUAAACUAAACCAUUUCCAUGAAGGUAAAUAAACUUAAAGUUCAGAAAAAGCUAGUUUUGCAUUUAAAAACUACUUUUUUGACAGUGGCCCGUAUGAAUAAAAAGUAGUAACUACUCGUGCUUUGUAGUUACUAUUUUGAAAUAUGAUCCACUCCAAAGUAGUAGCCUUGGUAUGAAUAAAACCAUUUUUCGAACAAUGUAUUAGAUACUACUUUCGAAAAUUUCGAAGUAGUAUUUACUACUUUAUUUCAAGCAUAAUUUUUCAAAUCGACGUAUCUAACUUUUUCACUGAUCUGAGUAAAUUCAUGGUCAAUGUUGACGACCAUUUCACUAAAAUAGUUUUUUAUAAAAAGACUUUUCAUAAGUUUUUUCGUGCUUAACAUCACCAGGGAUAUAGCACCUAUAGCACGCACUAGGUAAGAAACAAAACCUACUCAUUCCAUAUCAUUUUCACAAUGAAUUUUGAUAAAAAUACACAUACACCGGGUUGGUUAGAGAUACGUCAUGCCAGAUACGUCGCCUUUGUAUGGUGCCAGUUUGGUGUAUCUGUUACUUUUGAUUUUGGCUAGAUACGUCGUUUGGUUUUCUCAUAUAUAAAACCGGUGUAUCUAUCAGUAAAGUUGUAAACAUCAAAAUAGUUAGAUACGUCGUUUCGAAAAAUAUACUUAGUUAAACAAAUUAACCCUUUCCCGCCCAUGGUGUCUGUAGAGCACCAUAACUUUCAACCCUUGUAUCUCUGAAACUAGUGAAGUUUUUUGAAUGUUUUUAAUUGUAAAUCAUGAUUUCACUUGUUGUUCUCUAUCUAAAGGCAUUACACUAAGUAUGCGCAUAAAAAUUCAAUGUUUUUGUCAAAAAAAGUUUUCACGAAAAGCUAUUUUUUCGAAAAAAAAAUAAUGACAAACUUUGACGUGUUAAUCAAUGGCAUGGUUAUCCUCAUGGGUUGAAAUAAAAAUAGUUCCCUAGCAGAUUUACUAUUUCUUUGUGUAGUCAUACGUUGAAAAGAUCUGAAAUGUGUAUUUAAACUAUUAAUUUGAUACAAUAUGAAUGGUGCAUAUAUGCACCACUGGACACAUGGCGUGCAAAAAAUAAGCAAUUUUCCAAUGUAAUCAUUUUUUGCACCCCAUUCUAGAAUUCUGUUGGCAAAAAGUUUAAAGUUUUUGAGAACAACUUGUCUCGAAUUAUAAUAAAUUUGUAUAAAACCGGUUCGGAAAGUACUUUUCUUGGAUUGUCAAAUGAAGCAUCCUGUGCUUUGACCAUUUUUAACGAGAAAAAUCAUGAAAUAAAGUUCUUCAAAUGCCUGGUGGUGCUCAUGAAGUCAUGGGCGGGAUAGGGUUAAGCAAUAAAUCAUCAAACAGGGAUGUGGGUUCUUCAAUUUGCUUGAUGAAUCAUGCAUGCAGCAGUUAACCCGGAUUUGUUUACAUUCUCGAGUUCCGUCGGAUUGAAAAGUUAUGCUUGAUUUGUUUUUGUUUUGGUAGUUCUUCUUCCACCAGUCGGCAAUUCAGAACAAACUAUGGUCGCAAAAUAUUGUGCGUUUAGCACUAAAUUGAUUUCCGAAAAAACUUCAUUGACUUCCGCUGCCUUUCCUAUGCGUUAAACAUAACGUCGGAAGUAGUGCGCUGUACAGUAAAUCUGGUUUGCUAUACAGCGCACUACUUCCGACGUAAUGUUUAACGCAUAGGAAAGGCAGCGGAAGUCAAUGAAGUUUUUUCGGAAAUCAAUUUAGUGCUAAACGCACAAUACAGGUCGGACUCGAUUAUCCGGGGGUUCAAUUAACCGGGGGCCCGAUUAUCCGGGGCUCGAUUAUCCGGCAAAAAUGGCUCGAUUAUCCGGGGAAAAGUUUGUUUAUGCUUUGUUUACUAGAUUUAAGAUUAUAAUAUGUCAAAAAAUGUGAUAAACAUCAAAUACAACACCUGAAAAUUGGAUUUAACCUAUUUGAAAAUUAUUUUUAUUUUUUCACAUUUUGCAGUGAAAAUUUCAUUUUCAAAAAACAUGCUUAUAAUAAUACUUGAUGUUAAGUUUAGGCACUAUAACGUCAUGUAUGUUAGCUUCUAUGUUUAAUGAACAGUUUUUGAUUGAAGAACAUCAAAAAUAAAAGAAAAGAAGCAUGGCUCGAUUAUCCGGGUGACUCGAUUAUCCGGGGUGAAAUAAUUUUGAAGUCACCCGGAUAAUCGAGUCCGACCUGUAGUGAUUUUUGCAGCAGUUUCCUCAUUUAAGUUAACAAUACUGAAGAAAGAAGUGAUCGUGAGGGCACCUUAGCAGGAUAAAAAUCUUUCUCAAAUGCACCAUGCGUAUCGGCAUGCACUUACGGUCGCCGCUGCGCCACAGGCCACGCUUACAGAAUACUUCCUCAGUAAUUUCAACUCACCAGAACGUUAAUAAAAAACCACAGCAAAAGCCACUAAUUUCCGUUAAAAAUCAUGAAAAUUCAAUUGCCACAUCAUCACGGCGCUCUAUCUGGGGUAAAUUGCUUCAAAACCCUCCGCACGGGACGCCGACAGCAAAACAUCGUUUUUUGCUGGAACUUGAUGGUUCUUGAGUCGCUUUCCGAAAGGUAAUGUCCGUCGAAACUUGCAUCUAACUAAACAUUCUCGAAGAAUACCCUUUUUGUUGAAAAAAAUAAACACAAUCUUUGAAAAAGAAUUGCAAACACAAGUUGUGAUUUCAUACACACGCAUCACAGGCUUUGUAGCAACCUCAAGAGCAGACUACAAAUUUCUUGUAGUAAAUACUACUUUUAUUCAUACCGAUUGUGGAACAUGUUCCACAAAAGUAGUAAGUUCGAAACUUGUAGUGUAGUAAAUGCUCUGUUUACUUUUAUUCAUACCAAUAAUUGUAGUAUUUACUACAAAAUUGUAGUAAACUGUGGAUUACUACUUUUUAUUCAUACGGGCCAGUAAGUUCAUCCUUAUCUUUACUAAUUUUAGGUGAAGACUUCCACUUGCCUAUAUUAUGUAGGUGACGUUGUAGACCUUUGUCAUAGUUUGAACUCGAGACACGAAGAAAAUAAUAUUCAUGAUGGUAAGUUCGUACGGGAAUUGUCCACUUUUUUAGAUUCAACUGCCUGCCUGCGUGAUGAACUCGACUCGUGUUUUCUCAUCUGACUAUUCUUGUAAAUACGUAGACUUUGUUUAGGACUUUUUUAAGACGAUCCUCAACCACCUUACCACUGCACGAAAAAAAAAAGAAACGCUGCAAAACAUGGGAAUAGCGAUUUGCCAAAAUGACUUAAAAUUUUCAGAGAGAGGAGCAAUCACUUAAUUUGCCGAUUGACAAAAAUUUAAUUCGAUGAAACCUUUUUUUGUUAGCCAGGCAAAAACGAUCAAUUUAGCGGUACAUUAUAGCGCGUGCCUUUUUUACAGUUGAACAAAAUUCCGCUGACGACCGUAGAAAGAAAGCGAAACAGCGAAUGACACUUUUUUACCAAGUUGAGUUAAGACCCUUUAUAAGCAAUUGUUUGUACUGUUGUUGUUGGAUUGCGCAGAACCCCAAAUCAGUGUGGAUUGACUGAAACCGCAAUUUUUGUGUUAAUAGUCCACUCGUGUGCUCCCCUCAUUUUAUGAAAUGAUACAAGACUUCCUCAUACUAAGUAACAACUCAAUAAGUGAGACACACUGGUACAUCACACCAGUCCGAUUUGUAAUGUAAACGGAUACAUAUAAUUAGUAGCAUUUACCAAUAUAAGGACAUAAAUAAGAAAUGGCAAUCUUUUCUGAUACAAAUAGCGAGUAUUCUCCAGAGCACAUGAAUGAAAAAAAAAGUAAAGCGAAAUGUGGAGAACGAUAAGUGAAACGUAAAUCACCUGGUUACGACUUAAAAUUGAAUCAAUUUAGGAUAAAUUUUCUAUUAACUAAGACAAAUAAACCUUGUUAUUAAAUUUAAA